GGGGCGUGCGCGGCCGGCGGCGUGCUGUGGCUGCGCGGCUCCCGGCGCCGCCGCCUGCGCCACCUCUUCGCCACCGUCAACCCGGACUACGGGCAGCUGGCGGGCGGCGCCGGCCCCGGGCCCCCGCUCUACGACGAGUCCUGGGAGGUGGCACCGGAGCGCGUGCAGGUGCUGCGCGAGCUGGGGCGCGGCAGCUUCGGACGCGUGGCGGAGGCGCUGCUGCUGCCCGAGGGCGGCGCGCACCCCGAGGGGCAGCCGGCCGUGCGCUGCGCCGCCAAGGCCGUGGCGGCGGCCAGCGGCCGCGCGCGCGCCGAGGCCCUCAACGAGGCCGCCGCCAUGAAG